CAUAACCUUUCUAUUUACUCUUUCAGCCUUUGUUGACCCAACCCUUAAAAGUGUUCAUUUUCAGCUGAAAUCGUGAGUAGAUUCCGGCGAUAUGACCGUCGGAGAUUCGCCGGCGGAUUGGCCUCCUCCUGGAUGGACUGAGGAUGUCAAAAUAACUAGCGGAAGAAAAACCAAGUACUACACAAAUGUGGAAACUGGGAAAAAGUUCUAUUCCAAGAAGGAAGUCACUCGGUAUAUGAAGACAAAAGAUACUUGCCAUGAUGUAGCUCAAGUACUGAAUCAAGAUAAGAGUAGCACCGAGAACAAUGUUAGUCAAAUGAAUCAUCAAGAUAAGAGCUUCUCUGAGAACAAUGUUAGUCAAAUGAAUUAUCAAGAUAAGAGCUGCUCCGAGAACAAUGUUAGUCAGAUUGUUGAGGAAACAAAGAAAUCUCCUGAGUGGUUACCUGCAGGUUGGAUAGUUGAGUUGAGGACUCGUAAGUCUGGCUCCAAUGCUGGUUUGGCUUACAAGGUUUACAUUGAUCCAUCAACUGGAAACAAAUUCUAUUCAAGGCCGGAAGUAUCUAAAUAUCUCAAAACUAUGAAGCUGAACAACAUCACAGGAGAAGAACAGAUACAUGGAACUGGUGAAGUAUCCUCUUCAAAUCAAAAAGCAUCUGGGAAUUCCAAAGAUAUCGGGGGCCAGAGUCGCAUAUCCAAAAGGCAGAAAUCUGACGGCGAUCGGCCCUCGCAUGACAUCAAGGAGGGGUCAUUUUCCAAGCAGAAACCAUCUCAGGAUUCUGAAGAAGUUGGGGAACCGAGUUGCAUAUCCAAAACACAUAAUUCUGGCAUUAACAGGCCCUCUACAAAGACUUCUCCUUCUCAUGGUGCUGGAGAGGACUCCUCUUUAAAUGAGAAAGCAUCUCUAGAUUCCAAAGAAAACGGGGUCCAGAGUCCCUUAUCCAAAAGGCAGAAACCUGGCAGUGACAGUCCCUCUGCAAAGACUGUUGCAGUUGAUGGCAAUUCAGUGGAUGAAUUACCCCCAGGCUGGAAAAAAGAAGUCAUAAUUCGACAAACUGAUCGUGGGAUAAGAAAAGACCCGGUUUACACGGAUCCAGUGCAUGGGUAUAAAUUUCGCUCCAAAAAGGAAAUUUUCCGCUAUCUACAAACCGGAGACACUAGUAAGUGUGCUAGAAGACAUUCUAAAAGGAAUGUAGCUUCAACUAUGAAGGAUAAUUCUCACACGGCAGAUGAUGCCAGUUUGAAGAAAUCAGAGUGCUUUGUGACAGGAAGACAACUUUUUGCCACUGAGGAGGCGAAAGGGGAAAAUAGUUUUUUUACUUGCUCACCUGCACAGCAAGUUGAGAGUUCCAAGAAACUUCCUGACUGCAGUGUGUCUGAUCCUAACAUCAUCAUCACAUCCAUUUUAGCUGAGAUAAAUGAGAACCAUUCCUUUGAAGAUGUAAAUGAAGAUGCUGAAAUAGGAACUGUAAGUGUUGGUGUUGAAACGCUAUCAGCGGUUUCCACUCAGUCAGAUCUCCUCCCAGAGCAGCAGCUACCAGAAAAUGAGCAGGAAAAGCAUAAUUAUAAAGCAGGGACGCAGCAGUCUGGAAAAUCCAGAAAUCCAAAGUCACUUAAACCUGGUCGUCGGGUCUCCAAAAGACUUGCAGGUCGAGAACCAGAAGCAGCGACCGACUUGGAUCUAGGUGAACAUGCUCUUCCUGCUGUAGUUGAGAAAUCUGCCUCCCUGAAUGUCUGUGGUCAAGAAUUGCUCCAGCACUCCGAUCCUACACCGGAAACUGCCAACUCUGAUCAGGCUUCUUUGAGUGGAGAAGCUUCAGUGGAUGAAUUACCCCCCGGCUGGAAAAAAGAAAUCAAAGUUACAAAAAAGGCUCGUGGGAUAAGAAAAGACCCGUUGUACACUGAUCCAGUGCAUGGAUAUGUAUUCCGCUCCAAGAAGGAUGUUUUGCGCUAUCUACAGACUGGGGACAUUAAUAAAUGUGCUAUAAAACCUUUCAAAAGGGAUCUAGAUGCAACAAUGAAGGAGAGUUCUCCCGCAGCACUUAACACCAGUUCGAAGAAAUUAGGGUGCGCUAUGACUGAAAGGCAACCUUUUGCAGCUGAGGAAUCCAGAGGUGAAAAACGUGCUGUUACUUAUUCACCUGCAGUACAAGCUGAGAGUUCAAAGAAACAGCGUGAAAACAGUGCCUCCAACGCAAACACCAGUAUUACAUCAGCGGCUGAUAUAAACACAAAGCAUUCAUGUGAAAAUGUUAUUGAAAAUGUUGAAAUGAGUCUGGACACGGAGCCAGAAAUAAGAGACUCAAAUGCAGACACAAAAGUCAUAACUGCUGAAAGUGUGGUUGCUGAAAGGCUAUCAGCUGUUUCAACUCCUCUGUCAGAUCUACUCCCAGGGCAGCAAUUACCAGAAAAUGAGCAGGAAAAACAUAUUAAUAAAGAAACACCUAAGCAGUCGAGAAGAUCCAGAAAUAAGAAGUCAACUACACCUGGCCGUCGGAUCUCAAAAAGACUUGUCGGCCACAGCCCAGAACCAGUGGCUAAUUUGGAUCUAGGUGAACGUGCUUUUCGAGCUGUGGUUAAGAAAUCUGCCUCUUUGGGCAUUCCCCUGAAUGACUGUUGUCAGGAACUUGCUCAGAACGAAGAUCCUACAGUAGGAACUGGCAAUUCUGAUCAGGCUUCUCUGAGCAGAGAAGCUUCAGCGGAUGAAUUACCACCAGGCUUAGAAAAAGAAAUACUUGCCCAGAACAAAGAUCCGACUGUAGGAAUUGGCAAUUCUGAUCAGGCUUCUCUGAGCAGAGAAGUUUCAGUCGAUGAAUUACCCCCAGGCUUAGAAAAGGAAACACUUGCCCCGAACAAAGAUCCGACAGUAGGAACUGGCAAUUCUGAUCAGGCUUCUCUGAGCAGAGGAGCUUCAGUGGAGGAAUUACCACCAACCUGGGAAAAGGAAAUACUUUCCCCGACCAAAGAUCCUACAGUAGGAACAGGUAAUUCUGAGCAGGCUUUGAGCAGAGAAGCUUCAGCAGAUCAAUUACCACCAGGCUGGGACAAGGGAAUACUUGCCCCGAACAAAGAUUCUACUGUAGGAACUGGCAAUUCUGAUCAGGCUUCUCUGAGCAGAGAAGCUUCAGCGGAGGAAUUACGACCAGCCUGGGAAAAGGAAAUACUUGCCCCGAACAAAGAUCCUACUGUAGGAACUGGCUAUUCUGAUCAGGCUUCUCUGAGCAAAGAAGCUUCAGCGGAUGAAUUACCACCAGGCUGGGGAAAGAAAAUACUUAUCCAGAACAAAGAUCUGAGCGGAGAAGCUUCAGUGGAUGAAUUACCACCAGGCUUUACCUGGAAUAAAGGUCCGACAUUAGGAACUGGCAAUUCCAAUCAGGCUUCUCUGACCAGAGAAGCUUCAGCAGAUGACUUACCACCAGGCUUUACCUGGAAUAAAGGUCCAAGAGUAGGAACUAACAAUUCUGAUCAGGCUUCUCUGAGCAGAGAAGCUUCAGCGGAUGAAUUACCACCAGGCUUUACCUGGAAUAAUGGUCCGACAGUAAGAACUGGCAACUCUGAUCAGGCUUCUUUGAUCAGAGAAGCUUCAGCGGAUGAAUUACCACCAGGAUUUACCUGGAAUAAAGGUCCGACAGGAAGAACUGGCAAUUCUGAUCAGGCUUCUCUGAGCAGAGAGGCUUCAGCGGAUGAAUUACCACCAGGCUUUACCCGGAAUAAAGGUCUGACAGGAAGAACUGGCAAUUCUGAUCAGGCUUCUCUGGGCAGAGAGGCUUCAGCGGAUGAAUUACCACCAGGCUUUACCUGGAACAACUGUCCGACAGUUGAAACUGGCAAUUCUGAUCAGGCUUUACUGAGCAGAGAAGCUUCAGCGGAUGAAUUACCCCCAGGCUGGGAAAAGGAAAUACUUGCCCAGAAGAAAGAUCCUACUGUAGGAACUGGCAAUUCUUAUCAGUCUUUUUUGAGAAGAGAAGCUUCAGUCGAUGAAUUACCACCAGGCUGGAAAAAAGAAAUCAGAAUUAGGCAAAACGCUCGUGGGAUAAGAAAGGACCCGUUUUACACGGAUCCAGUUCAUGGAUAUGUAUUUCGCUCCAAAAAGGAUGUUAUGCGCUAUCUGCAAACUGGAGACAUCAGUAGGUGUGCAAUGAGACCUACCAAAAGGGAUCCGGAUUCUGAAAUGAAGGGUAAUUCUCCGUCAACACGUGGCGCCAGUUCAAAGAAAUUAGGGUGCUCUUUGUCUGGAAGACAGCCCUUUUCUAUUGAGGAAUCAAAAGGCGGAGAGUGUUUUGUUACUUAUUCACUGGCACUACAAGCUGAGAGUUCCAAUGAACAUCCUGAAAGCAGCGUGUUCAACAACACCAUUAGUUCAUCUACUGUAGCUGAUAUAACAGAAAAGCAUUCAUGCGGAAAUGUAAAUGUAGAUGCUGAAAUAAGACUAGACGUGGAACGAGAAUUAAGAGCCUCAGUUGGAGACACAAAAGCUAUAGCUGCUGAAAGUGUUGAUGUUAAAAGGUCAUUAGCUGUUUCCCCUCAGACGGAUGUCUUCCCAGAGCUGCAAUUACCAGAAAAUAAGAAGAAAAAACAUAGUAAUAAGAAAUUGCCAGUGCAGUCGAGAAAAAUUAGAAAUGAGGAGUCAUUUACACCGGUUCGCCGGGUUUCAAGGAGACUCUCAGGCCACUACUCAGAAGUGGUGCCUGAUUUAAAUGUAGGUGAAUGUGGUCCUGGAUCUGUCUCUUCAGGCCAUCCCCUGACUGUCUCUGGUCGGGAAUUGUCCCAGCAAGCUGAUCUGGCCACUUCAGAUCAGGCCUUUCUAAGAAAAAUAGCUUUAUCACAAGAUGAUCCGUUGGAAAUUGUGAAGUGUCCUUCAGAGGGCCAAGCUUUUAAAGAGCAGAAAGCUGCGAAGGAAUUAACAAGUGAGAAACAAGAUGAUAGAAGAAUAUUGCGAGAUCCUCAGCCAGCUGAAAUAGCAUAUGAAAUCGGAAAGAUUCACUUGGAGCACCAGGUGGUUAAAGAAAGGCCUACAGCACAAGACAGUCAGAAGAGAUUAUUGAACAAUUCUUGGCCAGCUCAAUUAGCAUGGGGAAGUAGGGUACUCCCUGUGGAGAACCAGUAUGUUUCGGAAAGGUGUUCUGUAGAGCAGGUAAGUGAGAAACGCGAUUAUGAGAACAUGCAAUGGCGAGAUUCACAACUAGGUGAAUCAUCACAGAGAAGUAGAGAGCUUAAUGUGGUAAACCAGCCUGUUAGAGAAAAGCAAACAGGAGACCUAGUAACUGAGAAUCAAGAUGAGCAGAGCAGAAGAUUGCAAGCACAACUAGCUUCUUAUCCAUUUGGGGAUUAUUGGUCGGACCCAUGCAUGGAAUUUGCAUUCAAGACCCUUACUGGUGCGAUACCAGUAGAAGAUACCCUCGCCUUUCAAGGAUCUUCCCAGCAAGAAUUCAAUACUUCUUACACUCAGGCUGAUGAUGGGUGCUUUGAACUGCCAUUAUUCAACACUUCCAGCUUUUACAUGAAUGAUGUUCCUAGCCAUUGCACUCCAUCAGAGGAGCACGUUCCGCAGGAGCAACCGCCAAUAACUCAAACCUUUUUGCCCACUGGAAGUAAUAGCAUGCCAGGUUGCAGUAGUGUUGUUUCUCAAAGUCCAGGUUUGGACACCCAGGCUAAGGAAUAUCAAUCUAAAGUUAAAUCGCAGUAUCCAGGUAUGGACACCCAGGCCAAUAAAUCAAACCUUUUUGCCCACUGGAAGUAAUAGCACGCCGGGCUGCAGUAGUGUUGUUUCUCAAAGUCCACGUUUGGACACCCAGGCCAAGGACUAUCAAUCUAACGUCAAAUAUCAGAAGUUGAAUCAGAAAAAAGUUGAAUCAGAUUGCUUAAAGAGACUAGUGUUGGAUCAAGUAAUAACAUGGAACUGCUCUUGUUUGUGUGAAUGCAUUGCAGCUAUUACCCUCUAGCUGUUUUAAACUUUUUUUGAUGCAGUUUCUAGAGUUGGGGGGACUGUCUAUAAUUGGUUGAAGAUUGACAACAGGUGAUGCUUCAUCAAAUGUAUGUGGGAUGAGAUGGAUAUAUUAGAUCUGUUCGAUCCGGGUGGUCGAAAUGUAGAUGCAACUUUUUAGAUCUCAUGAUCACUAGUACUUUAGACAAUAUUUUUCCCACUUCAAAAGGCAUAAUAGACAAAUGUUUGCUAAAUGUUUUCUAUAAUAGGUUGGAUCUCUAAGCUUUGGUAGCACA